AUGCUGGGUUAUGGACAGGAUAAGGAGAAGAGGGGUGAAGACAUCUUAAACCAGAGGAAUGACUCCCUAGUUGUGGAAUUUCAGUCGUCAGCCAGCAGAUGCAGGAGUGUCUAUGAACCAGAUAGAAAUGUGUUACGGAGGAAAGAACGAGAAAGAAGAAAUCAGGAAACUCAACAGGAUGAUGGAACCUUUAAUUCGAGUUACUCCCUCUUCAGUGAGCCCUACAAGACAAACAAAGGGGAUGAGCUCUCCAACCGGAUCCAGAAUACGUUAGGCAAUUAUGAUGAAAUGAAAGACUUUUUAACUGAUAGAUCUAAUCAGAGUCAUCUCGUUGGCGUUCCCAAACCUGGCCUUCCUCAGGCUUCUGUGAACAAGAUCGAUGAACAUUUUGUUGCAGAUUCAAGAGCCCAGACCCAGCCUUCAUCUGUCUGUAGCACUACAUCUUCUACACCAGCAUCUAUCCCUGUUCAGCAGAGUAAGAGGGGCGCCAUGGGCUGGCAAAAGUCUGGGCAUCCACCGUCUGAUGGCCAACAGAGAGCAACACAACAGGGCUCUCUCAGGACCUUGCUUGGAGAUGGUGUUGGCAGACAGCAACCACGGGCCAAACAAGUGUGCAAUGUAGAGGUGGGUCUUCAGACCCAGGAAAGACCAUCUGCUAUGGCAACCAAGCACAGUGGUGGCGGACACUGUGUUCAAAACUUUCCUCCAUCCUUGGCUUCGAAACCCAGCCUGGUCCAGCAGAAACCAACUGCUUAUGUGCGGCCAAUGGAUGGCCAAGAUCAGGCUCCUGAUGAGUCUCCGAAACUUAAGUCGUCCACGGAAACCAGUGUGCACUGUACAUCGUACAGGGGAGUCCCAGCCACCAAGUCAGAGUCCGCCAGAGCCAAAGCCAAGCUUUCCAAGUUCAACAUCCCCAAACAAGGAGAGGAGAGUAGAUCUGCAGAAACCAACAGCUGUGUGGAAGAAAUAAUUCGGGAGAUGACCUGGCUCCCACCGCUUUCUGCUAUUCAAGCACCUAGCAAAGUGGAAACAAGCAAAUUUCCAUUUCCAAAUAAGGACUCUCAGCUUGUUUCCUCAGGACACAAUAAUCCAAAGAAAGGUGAUGCUGAGCCAGAGAGUCCAGACAAUGGCACCUCAAAUACAUCAAUGUUAGAAGAUGACCUUAAGCUAAGUAGUGAUGAAGAAGAGAACGAACAGGCAGCCCAGAGAACUGCUCUCCACGCUCUGUCUGACAGCGCGGCGGUCCAGCAGGCCAAUUGCCGAUCCUCUGUGCCUUCCAGCAAGGGCAGCAGCAGCGGCAGCAGCAGCAGCGGCAGCAGCUCCUCCAGUGACUCUGAGAGCAGCUCCGGAUCCGACUCCGAGACCGAGAGCAGUUCUAGUGAGAGUGAGGGCCGCAAGCCACCCCACUACUCCAGCCCUGAGGUCGAACCAGUGUCCUCUAACAAGUGGCAGCUGGAUAAGUGGCUAAACAAAGUUAAUCCCCACAAGCCGCCAAUUUUGAUCCAAAAUGAAAGCCACGGGCCAGAGAGCAAUCAGUACUACACCCCAGUGAAAGACGAAGUGCAGGACUGCGGCAAACUUCCCGAUGUUUGCCAAACCAGCCUGAGAGAGAAGGACAUCAAGAACGCCUGCAAGGAGGAGCAGAGACCAAGGACAGCAAACAAGGCCCCAGGGAAUAAAGGGGUGAAGCAGAAGUCCCCACCCGCCGCCGUGGCAGUGGCAGUGACCGCGGCCGCCCCUCCGCCGGCUGGGCCUGGUGCGCCCUCGGAGAGCACGCCCGCGCCCGCCCGGAGGUCUGCAGGCAAGAAGCCCACCAGGCGCACGGAGAGGACCUCCGCAGGGGACGGUGCCAACUGCCACCGGCCUGAGGAGCCCACAGGCACUGAGGCUCUGGGGACGAGCGUGGUGAUCCCUCCAGAGCCCACCAAAACCAGGCCCUGCGGCAACAGCAGAACCAGCCACCGAAAGGAACUGCGCUCCUCGGUGACCUGUGAGAAGCGCCGCACGCGGGGGCUGAGCAGGAUCGUCCCCAAAUCUAAAGAGUUCAUUGAGACAGAGUCGUCGUCGUCGUCCUCCUCCUCAGACUCGGACCUGGAGUCUGAACAGGAGGAGUACCCUCUUUCCAAAGCGCAGGCAGUGCCAGCAAAUGCCGCCGCCUCCGGGAAUGACCAGAGGCUGAAGGAGGCUCCCAACAGCAUCAGCAGCGGCUGCGGCCCCCGGGCCUCCGUCGGCUCCAUCAACGCCAGGACCACCAGUGACAUCGCCAAGGAGCUGGAAGAGCAGUUCUACACGCUGGUCCCCUUUGGCCGCAAUGAACUUCUCUCCCCCUUGAAGGACAGUGAUGAGGUCAGGUCACUCUGGGUCAAAAUUGACCUGGCCCUCCUGUCUAGGAUCCCAGAGCACCUGCCCCAGGAGCCGGGGGUCUUGAGUGCCCCCUCUGCCAAGGACCCUGAGAAUGCGCCCCCCAGUGGUCAUCCCGCAGACACACCCGCUGAAAAGGCCUUGCCAAAGUCGAAGAGGAAACGCAAGUGUGACAAUGAAGACGACUACAGGGAGAUAAAGAAGGCCCCGGCAGAGAAAGAGAGCUCUUCACGACUGACUACCUCUGCCAAUAAUACCUUGUCUGCAAACCACUGCACCAUGAAUAUCAACAGCUUGGCAAUACCAAUAAAUAAAAAUGAAAAAAUGCUGCGGUCACCCAUCUCACCCCUCUCUGAUGCAUCUAAACACAAAUACUCCAGUGAGGACUUAACUUCUUCCACCAGAUCAAGUGGCAACAGUCUUUUCACGUCUGCCUCCUCCAGCAAAAAGCAUAAGACUGAGAGCCAGCUGCAGUCUCAUGCCGGAGACUUCACAAAAGCAGCUCACAAUUCCGAGAACGUUCUCCUCCACAAGUCACGGCCACAAACAGAGCCAUGGUCUCCAGGUUCCAAUGGCCACAGGGACUGCAAGAGACAGAAGCUUAUCUUCGAUGACAUGCCACGCAGUGCAGAUUAUUUUAUGCAAGAAGCUAAACGGAUGAAGCAUAAAGCAGAUGCAAUGGUGGAAAAGUUUGGAAAGGCUUUGAACUAUGCUGAAGCAGCCCUGUCAUUUAUUGAGUGUGGAAAUGCAAUGGAACAAGGCCCAAUGGAAUCCAAAUCUCCUUAUACCAUGUAUUCAGAAACAGUAGAGCUCAUCAGAUAUGCAAUGAGACUAAAGACCCACUCAGGCCCCAAUGCUACACCAGAGGAUAAACAACUGGCUGCAUUAUGUUACAGGUGCCUGGCUCUGCUAUACUGGCGGAUGUUUCGACUCAAAAGGGACCAUGCUGUGAAGUAUUCAAAAGCACUUAUCGACUAUUUCAAGAAUUCAUCUAAAGCUGCCCAAGCCCCAUCUCCAUGGGGCGCCAGUGGAAAGAGCACCGGGACCCCAUCCCCCAUGUCUCCCAACCCCUCCCCCACCAGCUCAGUGGGCUCUCAGGGGAGCCUCUCCAAUGCCAAUGCUCUGUCUCCUUCAACCAUCGUCAGCAUCCCACAGCGCAUCCACCAGAUGGCUGCCAAUCAUGUCAGCAUCACCAACAGCAUCCUCCACAGUUAUGACUACUGGGAGAUGGCAGACAACCUGGCCAAGGAGAACAGAGAAUUCUUCAAUGACCUGGAUCUGCUUAUGGGCCCUGUGACCCUGCACAGCAGCAUGGAGCACCUGGUCCAGUACUCCCAACAGGGCCUGCACUGGCUACGUAACAGCACCCACUUGUCAUAGGGACCUUACUCCUGAGUGGGGUUGUGCUCUCGUCUCCACGGAUGGCUCAAUAUUUCUGGACACUGUGCUACUGAAAUUUCCAGCCACAGCAUUUAUCAAACUGCAGUGAACAUUUUAUCAGCAUCAAACAGUGGUCUUUUCCAGGGCAUGUGUGUGUGUGUGUGGGUGGGUGGGUGUCAAAGAAGCCAUCUGUGUAUGUGUGUAAGAUACAUAGUUCUUUAGAACAUACUUUCUUUGUCUAGUUUCCACACUCCCAGGCUAGACAAACUGAUCAGAAGUUUCUGAUUAGAGAAGAUACAUGUACACACAUACACAAACACACAUACACACACACUUUCUAUUUUAAAGCUAAACCAUAAUUUCUGAAAACCUUCAACCAAAAUCUUAAGGGUUGGUUAACCAGGUACAGUGCAGUACACCAAAAGCUUGACUGCCAGUUAAGAAGAACCUAGUUCUUAUUAUAUUGAUUACUUUCAGUAUUACUGUUCUAUUUCCCAAUUUUUUUUUAUUGUACGUAUUGAUUGGUAAUUGAAUAAUGAAAGUUAUUUUUGUGCGAAAAUUUACUAGGUUGCAUGUUACCAAGUACCCUGUCAUUCCUCUUAUCACCCACUCCAUUCAACUUGAUUAUCAACUAAACAAGCUUAGAAGCAGAGGAAUCAGCUCCCACAGGUCUGCCCUGCUCUACCCCAAAUCAAUUUGAAAAUGGCACUGAGGUUUGGUUAAAAAAAAAAAAACAGUGUCUGAAAGUUG